AUGCUCGUCAGCAAACAUUGCCUCCUGUUGGUACUCUGUCUACUUCUUUUAACUUUCACCACUGCUAGCUACAUUUCGCCGAACGAACUUGGCAAAAGACAAGAUUAUGGAGAUGGUUACCCUCCUCCUCCCGCUCCUCCUGACGGUACUUCUACAACUGCUGAUGGUGCUUCUACAACUACUGAUAAUACGGGCGAGACUACUACAACUACCGAUACGACAACUGAUGCUACUACCCCUGCUGACGGUUCGCCUACUCCAUCUCCCGAUACGACAGCUACCACCACACCAGCUACCACCACACCAGCUGCCACCACACCAGCUACCACCACACCAGCUACCAACACUUCAUCUACCAACACUUCAUCUACCAACACUUCAUCUACCAACACUUCAUCUACUAGCAGUACUUCCGGCCAGACACCAGAUGGUCAGUCUGCUGCGUCAUCAAUGGCCGGAAUGGGAAUGCAUGAAAUGAUAAUGAAGAGUUUUGCGUUAAUUGGCAGUAUUUCCAUCGGUGCUGCUAGCAUAGCGUUUAUGUGA